AUGGCAAGCCACGCCACCGACGGCAUCGCAGCUGGCUGGCGUGUUCUCAAGCAGCGUCGCGGAGCCUAUGCUGGGCCGCGGCGGUGGCGGCGGUGGUGGCUGCCGGCUGGCGCGGUGGCGAUCGGCGUGUCGGACACGUCUGUCGACGAGUUUGUGGCGUUGGCCGUUGUGGCCGGCCUCGCGGUGGUGGUCUGCCUCGGGCUCUGCUUCCUCUCGGUCAUUGCUGCCGCAGGCAUUGCGCCAGGAGAGCCGUUUGAACCGCGGGCAGGUAUCCAUCGCGACGAUGCGGUGGCCGUGCAAAAGUGGGAGGCGCGUGCGUCGGCGAGUGCCCAGUAUCCGCAGCCGGACGUCGGGCUCGCGUCGUGGGUCGACGCGCAGCAGGCGGCGGCACCGAAUCCCGCGCGGCGAAUCCGGCCGGCAGGCGCAGUGGCACCGUCUCCGCCGGCCACGCCAGCGCCAGUCACACCUGCGCCGGCCACGCCUGUCCUCCGCAAUGCACCAAUCUCGCCAGUGGCGUACGCGGUCUCGCCGUCGCCGAUACAGGCUCAAGGCCCCGGGAUGAUGAUGGCGGUCUCGCCGUAG